UAUACAGAAAUAUAUUAUAUUUUUUAUAUAUUUUUUAAAAAGGCAGGUAACAAUUGAUUGCAUACCAGAAACUCACCUGCACUGUAUGUGCAUAUUACUGUUUGUUGCCCUCCUUAAUGCUCGGUUUUAUUUUCAGGCAAUCAAUCGGCGGUCAUGCUGGCUCUCACGGCAGCAUGAGUCCCGUCUACGAUUUGGGAACCGAGGUGGUUUGCUCCAACAGUCCUUGGCUGCUUCCCAAGCAACGGGACCUUUGCAGGCAGCUUCCAGACGCUAUGGUCGCAGCUGCAGAUGGGGCACGUUUGGCAGCUACGGAGUGCAGAAGGCAGUUCAGACACCACAGAUGGAAUUGCACAGGGACAGCAGCUAUGUCAGAAGCAGACGCUUUUGGACAUCAUGUCGUCAUAGUCGAUCCUCGCCCAUAGAUGGGAAACGGUCAUAGCGGUAGUAGAUAAGGCUCACGUGAGGCAGCGUUCACCUAUGCGAUCGCUAGCGCCGGCGUCGCGUACGCAGUCGCCGCCGCCUGCGCGCGCGGCAACGUCUCCGCCUGCGGUUGCGAGCCCACUUCCGCUGUAGGGGCGGUGCCCGUAGGGGCGGGGCAUAGGGGUAGCAGGUUUGGUACGCCGCCGCCGAUGCAGCACGGGUGGAAAUGGGCGGGAUGUAGCGUCGACGUGGGAUACGGGGUCAGGUUCGCCAGGAAGUUCCUAGACGCUAGGGAGAUCGAGGCGGACGAGAGGAGUUUGAUGAAUCUGCAUAAUAACAAGGCCGGAAGGAAGGCCGUUAAACAGAAUCUCAUAGUGGAAUGCAAAUGCCACGGCGUGUCCGGCAGCUGCACUAUGAAGACGUGCUGGAAGUCGUUGCCGCCCUUCAGACAGAUCGGGGACAACCUUAUGAAGAAAUAUUACAGAGCUCGAGCAGUAUCGGUGCGGUCUACGCCACAACUGGGCCCGAGAGAUACCAACAGUUUUCCAAGGAAGAGCAGAAAAAUGCAUCUGGUUCUCCUAAAAGGCAGGACUGUCUUAAAGAAGCCCCCAAAGAAAUCAGAUUUAGUUUAUCUGCAACUAUCUCCCAACUACUGUGAAAGAGAUCUGGCGGCGGGUUCUUUGGGAACCUUUGGAAGGAGCUGCAAUAGAACUUCUAGAGGCAUUGAUGGUUGUGACAUGAUGUGCUGCGGUAGAGGCUAUAACACGCACCAGUACAUGAAAACAUUCCAAUGCAGAUGUAAAUUUCAUUGGUGUUGUAAAGUGGAGUGUGAGACUUGUAACGAAAGAACUGAAGAGUAUACGUGUAAAUAAUUAUUAUAAUAAAUAUAACUAAUUUAUAGUAUA